GUUUUCUUGGAAAUUUGCAUUGCUUCAACUACCUUCAAAAACAGCAGCUCGCAUUUAACAGAGGGAUUUGACUCGUUUGGCCAGUAAAGAAUGUGAAAAGCGAACGAGCAUUGCAAUGCUAAACGCUUUGGCAGCAGACAGAGAGAAUGGUCAAAAUAUUCUUCUGUGGAUCUGGUGGCUCAGGCAAGACAACAUUAGCUGACUCCUUAAAGAAAAAGCAGAAAUUUAAUGAUUUCGUUCAUAUUUCUGAGGUAGCAAGAAAGUUAAUUGAAAAGAAGAAAAUAACCAGAAAAGCUAUUGAUAAUUAUGAUGUUACAGAAUUUCUGCAACUUCAGGAAGAUAUUCUAGUAGAACAGAGCAAAGCUGAGGAAGAGGCUGUCACUCAAAGUAAAGUUCUCUGUGAUCGCACUGUGCUGGAUUGUCUAGCGUAUGCUUUGUGGAAAACUGAAGAAACAUUUCAAAAUGCAAAGCUGGAUGAAAUAAUAGGAAAAUUCAAGGAACUGAUAGACAAGUCAGUAUCAAGGUACCAAAAUUCUUUACUCGUUCUUGUGUAUCCGUGGUCUCAAAGUGAAACAGCUGAUGAUGGAGUGCGACUUUCGAUGUCACAUAAACAGUGUUCUAGAUUUACAGAAAUUUUGGUUGAGCUUCUUAAAAGAUUUAAGAUUGGGUACCUAAAGCUAGAUGACUGUGAUUUUAAAAACCGACUGACUGUUCUUGAAAAUGCAGCACUCAAAGGUCAAAUACGAAGAGAAAGCUACAACUUGCAGCAUUACAUGGAGAUUUCCGACAAGAAGCUUAGAAAUGUUAAGAAAGCAGGCAAUACCAGCGCUCGAAAUGCCAAAGCAUCAAAUGACACGUGCAUUUCUUUCUACCUUGACAGUACUGAUGAGACAAAUUCUAUUAGAUCCGUGAAAAUUUGUGAAGACAAAGCAAGUCUCUAUUUCACAAAGCUUGGUGACAUGAAGGGAAGGAUUCUAUACUUCAUCAAUACAAACGAUUUAUUUUGUGUUGAGUUUGGUUUUAAAGUUCGAGCAGCAGAUGUCCAAAAGAUGUUACUUGGGAAUAUUUUUAUAAAUGGUGAGCAGUUUAGUUUUCUUGGUUGCAGCAGCUCAGGUCUCAAAGAAAGAAAAGCUUUCCUGCUGAAAGGGGACCCAAAAAACGCAGAGUCAACCUUAGGAAAAUAUGGAAAAUUUGAUGAAAUUCCAUCUGUUUCAAAAAGAUUGGCUCGAAUUGCUUUGCUCUUUAGCUCUGUACACAUGACUGAUAUCAAAAUUACAUCCAAGAUGAUCAUCAACUUAGAUGAUGUAUUUUCUACUAACAGAAAAUAUAAUUUUACAGAUGGGUGUGGUGGCAUCGGCUCAAAAUUAGCGAGAGCCAUUACCUCGCAAAUAUCUGAAAAAGAUAGAGUAAUUAACCCAAUACAGUAUUUGCCGUCAGUGUAUCAGAUUCGUCUCCAGGGUUACAAAGGCGUUGUUGCCCUAGAUACACAGAUAGAUGGAAACCAGCUUUCAGUGAGACCUUCAAUGAAAAAGUUUACUACAUCAGCACUGCCAAUGAUUGCGUUGUGUGGUUUUAGCCGACCAUACACAUACGGGCAUUUAAACAGACAAUUGAUCUUCUUAUUAUCUGCCCUUGGAGUACCAGAUGAAAUUUUCCUAACGCUUCAGAGAGAGCUGUUUGAGCUUAUUUCCGGGAUGCAUGUGAAUGCCGAGGCAGCAGUAGCAAUGCUUCAUUGGAUGGGAAAACCAGAUGUGGCCGAGAUGAUCAUGAGGCUAACCAAUGACGAGAAUUGCUCAGACAUAACAAGAAUUUUGCUGUAUCGCAAAGACGUACGCAAUACACUGGCAAAAAUACAGAGAGAGUAUUUCAUCAGAGAUGAGAAGGUAAAGAACGAUGGAAAAGUUAAAGAGAAGCUUCGAAUAAUGGUGAAGAAGUCAAGGAUGCUAUAUGGGGUGUGUGACCAAGUAAAUCAAUUGAAGUAUGGCCAGUGCUUUUUACGUAUAACAGUUAACAAUGUGGCAAAGACAAUAACCGGGAAGAUUGCAACAGGAAGAAUGCCCUGCUAUUUGCUUGGUGAUAUUCGUGUUCUGGAAGCUGUUGAUAUUCCCGAAUUAUCCCAUCUGGUUGACUGUAUUGUUUUUCCAACACAAGACAAAAGACCACAUGCUGAUGAGCAGGCAGGAGGGGACCUUGAUGGAGACAAGUUUUUUGUCACGUGGGACUGUCGGCUGAUACCUCCGAAAACAGUUCAAAGCCAUGAGUACCCUGCUGCUGAGAGCAAGCAUGAAGGCUUGGUUACACAGGCAAAAAUGAUUCGCUACUUUUCGACACAGAAUCAGGCGAUGAAGGUAACAGGGUUGCUGGCUAACUUGUUUGAGCAAUGGGCUGACACAAAGGGGCCCCAAUCAAACGAAUGUGCGUAUUUAGGACAGCUGUUUGGGAGAGCCAUAGACGCAACAAAGACUGGCGAAACUUUAAGGAUUCCUGAUAGUUUGCUAAAACCACCACAAUUGGAUGAGAAUGGGCCUAAGUUUGUAUGGCAGAAAAUGGCAGUUGAAGCUAGGGCUGUAAAAUCUAAGCAGGACAAGCCAGAGGAUUUACGAAAUGCACUCUCUUCGGAUGCCAUAUCGGAAGAAUAUGUCCUCUCAAUUCUAGAAGACCAAGAAACAAGCUUGACUGAAUACGAAAAGUUUGAUUUCCUGUGGCGCUUUGCAUUGAACACGUUCCCGAGUGAAAUAGAAGCAGCAGAGUUUAUAAAUAGGAAAUUUGUCACAAAAAUUAAUUUCACAUUGUUGACAUCAACUGAAAAGAUGCUUGCGAUUGAUGUUGGAGUUCUUCCCUCUUUUGUUGAAGAUCCGUUAACAAAAUCUACCAUUUUAAACAGAGGGGAUCUCGGGAACGUCGAUAUCUCGACAGCACGGUCUUCAUGGGGACUGAUUUACGAAACUGAACACAGCAGCUUUUCCCUCGAUGGAUUGAUAAGGAAAUUUCCAAAUUAUGAUGCAGUUCUUAUCUGCUUUCAAAUGCCCGAUGAAGUGACUAUUUGUCUGAAAAUAACGGAACGACUUUUGCCAGGUACAAAACAUGUUAUUGGAAUAGGAGCAUUUAGUGCCUUUUUCACAUCAAAGAGGUUUGGAUACAGAAAAAAGUUCCAGCCAACAUUCGAGCUUUUCUAUGACUUGGAAGACGAUCGACUACAGAUUUACAGAAAUGAGAAUUUAGCACAGAGCUUUUUAUGGUUGAAGUGCAGCAAAGUGCAGUCGAGAAACAAGCAAGGUGUCCAGAUCAUCGAUUUACUCACAGAAACUGAUAUUCAAGAUUGCAUCAGUGUUGAUUUAUCAAGCUUUGGCGGUAAUAUACUGAGACCGGCAGCAUCAAUUAGGCCUCAUCCAUUACUUCGAAAAGCCCCUGUAGCCUAUAUUGAGGUAUUUGCAUCAAGCAGUGGUCAUCCUGCAUAUCCUGAUGUUCUUGUAGGUAACGAAAUCGAGUAUGUCGAAGAGCAAGAGCUCGAAUGUCAGUUUGAUGAAGAACCAGAUGACAGGGACGUUUGCAGGCUUCUUCUUGAAAAAAUAGAAGCGAUUGAAAGUCAACAGGUUUCUGCAUCAACGCUAAGGGCAAGGCUGCUAGACGAAACAGUUGCCCACUGCAUUCCAUGGACUGGAAAUUUUUCAUCUGAAACGCAGUCUUCUUUAAAUACAUUUUUGCAGAAAAUUCUAUCAGCAAACACCUCAUGGAAAGCCCGAAUCCACAUUGCAGUUUGUGUUUGUAGACUUGGCCAUCAUAAAUUGGCCGAAAAUAUUCUUCUACAAGGGCCAUUCGAUCAAGUGCCUGAAUUGUCUACUGAUGGGCUGCUGGAAAUAAUGGAAGACUGGGCAGUAGUUUGGUAUAUACCACCACAGAUCGUUGUUGAAUGGGUUAAACUGCUAAUUUCAAUGGUUUUGUCAAAGCCCCAGGUUUCACAGCAAGAGAGCUAUCUUAUUAAUGUAGCAUGGAAUACGUUUGUUGAGUUUACAAAUGACGUCACACUAUGUAAGGAAACAUUUGAAAUGUCAAUUAUCGAUAAUCUUAAGUUAGAUUCAAUAAAGGAUGCUACUCAAGAAAGCCAUUUGCAGGUGUCGAUGUACCGUGCAAGUCAGCUGAAGAGUUUUGCUCAUCUUCCAGCAAGUGGGGACUACGUGAUUUUGAUUCGAGGAAAAGAUUGGAAAAAAGCGAAUAACACAAACGCCACAACUUCAAUAGCUCGGGUUAUAAGCUCUAUGCCUGCUCCAUUUUCUGUUAAAUUGGAAAUUUCUGACGAUUUCACUCCAGCUGUGCUUAUGCAGGAUGCAGGGCCAGCAUCUUCUGGUUGGAUGAUAAAUCUUUUGACUAAUGCAAACAUUACUUUAUACACAAGAGUCAUAAGAGCUUGCAGUUCAUUGCUUUCGUCUUCUGUGAGAAAACCACUCUUUCGUUUAAUAAUGGGAGAUGCAAGCCUUUCAUGUGGCAUUCAUUUUCAAGAUGUAGCACAAAAAGCAAAACAUGUUAACAAAAUCGAGGCAAUUGGACUUAAUACUGCCCAGAUAUCUUCUGUGAAUGCUGCUUUGAAAAGUCACCUUACACUAAUUCACGGACCACCUGGAACUGGAAAAACAAAAGUAGCUUGCGCCAUCUUGCAAGAGGCGGCAAAAACACGGUGUUGCGAGAUGGGAGUUCUAGCUUUGGCUGAGACAAAUACUGCUGUUGAUAAUAUGACCAGAAGACUCGCGCAGCUUGGCUUGGAUAUCGUUCGAAUAGGAAAUGUAAAGUAUGUACCCGGUGAUUUGUAUAGUUUCACAUUAGAAGGAAAGUUAAGGUUGAAGGGUGAGUUGGAGGGAAGAAGGACCGACUUCCGAGAUGAGAGUGGUAGAACCUUCCACAGAAAGAACUACGUCAAAGCUAUUCUAGACCAAGCCCAGAUUGUUCUUACGACAUGUGCUGGUGCAGGUGAUAGUGUUCUUUCAGGAAGGAAUUUUAAAUUCGUUCUAGUAGACGAAGCAACGCAAACAAAGGAAGGCACCGUCCUUUGUGGUCUUUUUAGAGGAGCGGAGCAAUUGGUGAUGAUAGGUGAUCCUAAUCAACUAGGACCGUUGGUCAAAAUAGAAAAAGAUUGGGGUUGGUUGUCAACUGAAGAGCAGCAGAAAAUAUCCAAUGACUUAGAAGAAACUCUGUUCCACAGGCUUCAUAACAACAAGAUAGUUAGCACAUAUUUCUUGGAUACCCAGUAUCGUAUGCAUCCCUCGAUCGCAGAUUUCCCUUCUAAACACUUUUACAACGGCGAAUUGAAGUCUGGAACAACGGAGAAUGAUCGAAAACCGAUCUGGCAGCUAACUCCAGCUGCGGUUGCUUUUCUUCACGUGGCAGGGAAUGAGAAGAGGGUUCGAACUUCUUACGAAAACACAGAAGAAGCGCGCAAAAUCAAAGAACUAAUUGACAUAUUGCUAUACAGUUCAGAUACCAAGCUGGCUAAAAAGGAUAUUGCUGUUUUGGCUCUUUAUAAUGGACAAGUUAGAAGCUUAAGGGAAAGCAUGCCAGGCAUUGAAAUAAGCAGCAUUGAUGGAUUCCAAGGAAGAGAAGCAGAAAUAAUUUUGGUUUCAACUGUGAGAUCAGGAGGCAAUUUAGGCUACUCUGAUGACCGAAGACGCUUGAAUGUGUUGUUAACAAGAGCAAAAAGAGGCCUUCUGGUGGUAGGGCAUCGCCAAACUUUGAUGACGUCAACCAUUUGGAAACAAUGGAUGGAAACGGUGCAGCAGUUAGAUGAAAGAGACAUAUUUUCGAAACGAAGAUCAGUGUCUGCUAAAAGAUGAAAGCUCUUCUAUUAAGGACCUAAUUCAUUAACUUUGUAAAUGUUUUAAAUCCUCAAAUAGGCUUAAAAGUUUCUUUAUCGUAAGAUUUUAUUCAAAUUUGAUAAGGAUUUCAUUCCAGAUAGAGCGACUGAUCAAUGCUACAAGCUAAAAUUAUUUCUAGACAAAAUUGGCAAUAGCAACUACGGACGCAAGUCCGAACAUUAUUAACUAUACCCCGUCUUAUGAAAAAGAAAACUUAACUUUAUGUAUGAAAAGGCUAUGUAUUAAUAUAAAACUGCAUUUAGUGGAGAAUGAUGUAUAAGAGAAUGCCCACCUGAAAGGAGUUAAAUAGUUGUUAAGAUAUGAAUUCCCGUUGUUUGCUUAUCCACAUCGUCCUACACUUAGCUUACUACACUUGCUAAAUGUAAAUUAAAGUUCCGAAUUAUAUUUGUGAAGCCAUUUUUGGAAUAUGAUCUAUAAAGAAGUAUAAACACUGAUAAAUGCUGAUUUUCAGAUUGAUUUUGGCUGGAUAAAGAUAUUGAGACAUUUGAUUGUUUGCCAAUUUAAAUGUAAUCAUAAUCUGAUUAUGUGAUAUGUCGAUAUUGAUCAAGUUCGGAUCAUUUAAACACUGAAUUUUUCAAGUUCACGUGAUUGCAAAAAUGCUGACCCCAUCAAACACUUUAUAUGUUUAUGUUAUUCAGAAAUGCUUUUAAGACAUUGCACUCUUUGUAGACAUUGCACUUUUAUCGACAUAAUUCACCCCCAUUUUACAUGGUCUUUAACUAAAUUCUAAUGACAUUAUGUUAUUCUACGGCAUUUAAAUCAGAUCGUGUGGCUUUUCAAAUUCUCUAUAACAUAUCAUAUUCCCACUGCUUAUUCAUUCUGCGUGACAUUGUUAUAAGACUUUAUAUUCCGAGUGAUGUUUCAUUUGUAUGGUGUUUAAGAUUUCAUAUGGCGUUUCAAAUUUCA